UCCAGUUUGACAUUUUUUGAUAAGAUUUUGUCAAACAGAAUAUUCGAAUAAGUUUCUACAAAAUUUCCGUUAUGGAUUGUAUUGGCAACUAUCUCCCAGAUAAAGUGGGAUUAUUUUAUUAUCUAGCCGUAGCUGCCUUUAUUUGUGGUGCGUUAUACCUUAACGACAUGUUCAGCAAACUGAAUACAAGCAGAGGCUACGACACCAAAAAACUUAUUAAUUACGGGUACGAGCACCACAAUGGACCAUCUGUUUGGAAAGAUCUAUUUACCGAUGCGGCUGGUCAGAAACAAUCACCAAUCAAUCUAAUAACCGCAUGUGCUAUUACGAUACCAUCUGAAUUCAACCCGCUUCAAUUUUCAGAAGAGUUUUUUUGUGCGCCUUGCGAAAUGAAAUUGUAUAACAGCGGCUUGAAUGCGGUGCUGUACACGAAAUGGAGUGGAGACAAGCGGCCCAAGAUAACAGGAGGACCUUUAGAAAGUGACGUUUACGAGUUUUUCAACAUUAGAUUUCGAUGGGGCAAUACGGAUGACGAUGGAUCAGAACAUAUGGUUAAUACAAAAAGGUACGCUGUCGAGAUGCAAGUUAGUUUUGUACUGAAUGGAAAUUGUAGUUGUGAUAUUAUGGAGUCAGCUAGACAAGGAAAGUUAUUAAUGUUGAGUUACCUCUUCAUGACUACUCCUAUUGAUAACCCAUAUCUAGAACCACUUAUUCAAUCACUGAAACAUCUUAAGUUUCCAAUGAACUGCGUUAUGAUCUGCCCAUUUCCCAUAAAAUUCCUUACACCGGUAUUUUCCAAGAAUUACUUUUUUUAUGAAGGUUCGUUAACUUUUCCUCCUUGUACUGAAGGUGUAAAAUGGAUAGUCCAACCUGAGCCUUUAGCUAUUUCGAGCAGACAAGUUAAAAAAUUCAGGAAACUCGGUGGACGUAGUUUCCUACCAAUAACUUGUAAUUCCAGACCUGUACAACUGCCCAAUGGAAGAGAAAUAUUCUUUUAUUUUUCAGAAGAGUUUAUUUGUGCGCCUUGUGAAAUGGAAUUGUAUAACAGCGGUUUGAAUGCGGUGCUGUACACGAAAUGGAAUGGAGACAAGCAGCCCAAGAUAACAGGAGGACCUUUAGAAAGUGACGUUUACGAGUUUUUCAAUAUUAGAUUUCGAUGGGGCAAUACGGAUGACGAUGGAUCAGAACAUAUGGUUAAUACAAAAAGGUACGCUGUCGAGAUGCAAGUUAGUUUUGUACUAAAUGGAAAUUGUAGUUGUGAUAUUAUGGAGUCAGCUAGACAAGGAAAGUUAUUAAUGUUGAGUUACCUCUUCAUGACUACUCCUAUUGAUAACCCAUAUCUAGAACCACUUAUUCAAUCACUGAAACAUCUUAAGUUUCCAAUGAACUGCGUUAUGAUCUGCCCAUUUCCCAUAAAAUUCCUUACACCGGUAUUUUCCAAGAAUUACUUCUUUUAUGAAGGUUCGUUGACUUUUCCUCCUUGUACUGAAGGUGUAAAAUGGAUAGUCCAACCUGAGCCUUUAGCUAUUUCGAGCAGACAAGUUAAAAAAUUCAGGAAACUCGGUGGACGUAGUUUCCUACCAAUAACUUGUAAUUCCAGACCUGUACAACUACCGAAUGGAAGAGAAAUAUUCUUUUAUGACUAAAUAAAAACAUAUAUCUACAUGUACUUUAUAAUAAUGAGAAAAUAAAGAAUAUUAA